CUUCCAAAAAAUGCAUUCAGCUCUCACAGUCCUGGUCCCAGGUGUUUCCUUGGGAGGCUGAAGCUGCUGCCUCCCAUUCCGAACUCCUGGGCUCAGGCUCGGAAGGAAUCGCAAGUGAGAGCAGCACUGCUUCCAGCACUGCUUCCCCAAGUCCUUGAGCUCUCAGCUCGGGCAGCUGGGAGGUGUCAGAUCCCAGACAUGAAGCGCAACUGCGCCAGGAUCUGUGUCCAAGUUAGGGACGCAGUCCAGUCCAGGCUCAGGGAGGAAGGAGAAGCGGAUGGAGUUUUGUCAUCUAUGGUGCAUCCGGACGAGCAAGCCUGCUGCGUUGCUCCUGUCUGCGUGUUGGUCUUCCUUCUCCUCCGGUGCUCAAGGACAGUCACAGGGGCAUGGCUGUGCCAUUCGGCACCCAGAUGUGGGGACCAGAUCUACAACCCCUUGGAGCACUGCUGUCAUGAUGACACCAUCCUGCCCCUGAGUUGGACCAAUCUCUGUGGCCCCAACUGCAUCUUCUGGCCCUGCUUUGAGCUCUGCUGUCCUGAUUCCUUUGAGGAGGAGAAGUAUGUUAUAAAGUUGAAGGUUCUGGGUAUAAAUGUUCGAUGCUAUUCCUCCCCCAUGUCUGGGGACCGUGAGAGCAGAAAGAUGUUUUCUCCUUGGGAAAGAUACUGAAGAAAAUAAAUUCCCACUAUGGCGGCUCAGAAAGGAAGGCUGGGGCAGGCCUCAGAGUCUGCGCCGUGAAGACCCUGAGCUGACACCUUUGAGAGACCUUGUCUGCCUGCCAAGGGAUGUUCUCAGCAGGCCCCAUUUUAUGGUCUUCCCAUUGCCUCAGUCAUUGCUCCUUGGCCUCCUGUCUUUCCACCUCAUUCUGCCACCCUUGCUGGUAUGCGUUAGCCCAUCACCUUGGGGAGGUGCCCUGUAUCAGAGGUACCCUUGAUUCUUGACUUGCUCUAUGAAACCCCUUUUGCGAUUAAGUAUCUACGGGUUUCUGUUGCAAAGAUAAUAUGUUCUUCAGACUCUAACUCAUCCAGAGAAGAUCUCCUAGCAGUUACCGGACUUGCUUGUACUCCUGUAUGGCCUCCCUAACUUAAGAGAGAUGACAGAUGGCAGUAGGCCCUGUGGGGCAACCCCUAGUUGCUGAGUUCAUUACUGCUUCAAGUCACUAAUGACCUGUCAGUAUUUGCUUUAUACAUCUGGGUGCUCUGGUGUUAGGUGCAGAGCUAUUCACGACAGUUCUAUAUUCUUGAUGAAGUGACGCUUAUCUUUAUAGUAUGACCUUCUUUGUCUCUUGUUAUUUUUGGGGGGAUUUGGGGGGCUUUUUGGUCUCUUCUACAGUUGACUUAAAGUCAAAAUAGUCUGAUAUAAGUAUAGCCACCCCUGCUCUCUGUCAGCUUCAUUUGCGUGAAAUUAUCUAUUUCAGGGGCACCUGGGUGGCUCAGUCGACCGAGUGUCUGACUCCUGUUCUAGCUUGGGUCAUGAUCUCAG